AUGAAGUUUUCAAAACUAUCGGAUUUAGUCAAAACUAGUCAAUUCGCGUGGUUCGCAGGCCAUGUGGUUGUUCUUUUUUGUUCCCUCUUGUAUGCGAUGACGGCUUUCCGCCGUGGGAACAGUGGCUUGCAUAACGUGUUGUACCGUAUGGCAUACGUGGGAGUCAUUGAAUCCUUUGGCAUAAUUUUGUACCAGCAACACCUGGGUCGUGGCAAUGGCACAAAAGCGCCAUUGCAGUCUCUUUUGCGCGAGGAUAACGUGCUGUACGUGAUUCUCGCCGUUAUGUGGCUUUUAACGCCCCGUCUGACAAUCACAUUGGUUCCUUAUGUGGUGUUCUCGCUGUUCCACGUUUUGACGUAUGUCAAGUCCGUGGUGCUUCCGCAACUUAGCGAACAAGGCCAACCCUCGCGGUUGAAGGGCCCAAUCGACAAUUUUGUGCGUGAAAACAACGGGAAGUCGAUGCUAUGGGUGAGCUUCGCGGAGCUCGUGUGCUUACUGCUGGUGCUUGUGCGCGCACUGCUCUGCUACCGCUCGUCGUGGCUCGUGCUCCUGGUGUUUUCAGCGUUCAUCAAGAUCCGCUACGAAACGUCGCCGCACAUGCGUAGCUGCGUCAAGAAAUGGGAAGUGCAUGUGGACGGGCUCGUGAGUCACCCACAAGUGCCGGCCCGGGUCAAGGGCUUUUACGUUCGUAUGAAAAACCAAAUCAGAUGCUUGAACAAAUACAGUAUCGCCCGCGGAUCGAGUGCUCCGACAGACGCGACGAAGCAGAAAUAA